AUGGCUGAAAGUUUUGUUCGAGUGGACCCACCUUACGUCGCGUUUAACGACGUGAAAGUCGGGAAGGUUUACAAGACAACAGUGACUGCAACUAAUGUGGGAAAAACGUCGAAGAAAAUGAGAAUUGUAAAGCCCAAGUUGAAGAUGUUUAAGUUCAUACUUACCAACCCAGCUGAGGUCGUGGCUCCUGGUCUGUCUAUAAGUGGCGUGCUGACAUUCACUCCAGAGAAGAGAGAGGAGCUCAGCGACUGCCUUCUGAUUCAUAUAGAUGCUGCGGAGACCAUUAACAUUCCACUGCUGGUGUUUCCCAAAACUGGUUUCCUACUAAUGGACUCAGAACUAGACUUUGGCUGUGUUGCUGCCAGCAGUCAGGUGAUCAGCAGAUAUCAUCCUAUAAUCAAUCUGGGAUUAGCACCAGGUGUGUUCCAGGUGCAGUACAGCGGAGACCCCUCAGUCACACUCUCACCCUGCAGUGGAGUCAUAGCAGCUGGCACCACCCAGUGGCUGAAAGUUGAACUGCGAACAGACAGACCCAGGCAGAUCAAUGAGACAGUUCAAGUGACACUCCAGAAUUGUGCUGCUGUAGUACUCAGUAUCAGCGCUGAGGUGGUGGACCAGCGCCUUGAGGUCUUUGACCUGCAGGGGACUCCACUGUCAUGUCUGUGGUUUGGACCUGUCUACCUUGGGACGUCCCAUGUAAAGACCGUUGUCCUGAAAAACAAUGCACCCCAGGCGUGCGACUGGGUCUGCAGGCUUCAGGAUACUGCUGCAGGGACUGAGGCGGGAAUAGACCUUCAGAAGAGCACAGACGCCGCCCUGCUGGAGAGUAUGGAGUGGUGCAGCUUAGCCACCCGGAAUGUCUCUCAGGUUUUGUUGUGUGUCCCUAAACAAGGUCGACUGGGACCAUAUGGAAAAAUCACUGUGACAGUACGCUUCAGCCCCAUCUGCAAGAGGUAGAUUGUUUAUCAGCGUAAGAAGCGUGAUUGCACAGCCAGCCGGCAAGACUAUUGUCUUUUCCUGCUCUUUGAGUCAGUGGGAAGCAAACAUGGCUUCACUCACCAUAAUGGUAACAGCAGUGUGGAGCUGGCAGUGACAGGCUCUGGUCUGCCUGUGUCUCUGGUGCCCAGUCCCUCUCAAAGAUUCAAUUUUCUCUCCUGUGUGACUGGCCAACGUGUGGAUCUGCUGUGUGUGCUGCAGAACCUCUGCCCUCAACUUCCUGUCAACUUCCAAUUCCGCAAGUUAGCAAAUUUCACCACAGAGCCCUCUUCUGGCACCAUCGAACCUGGCCAGUGCCAGGAUGUAGUUUUGUCUUUCACUGCACGGCAGCAGGGGAACUUCCAGGUGCGUCAGGUACUAGAUGUCUUAGGUUAUGUUUGCCAGAGGGAUGAAAACACCACUGAGGACACUACUGGACUUGAACUGCGCAGCUUCCACACCAUCACUCUACACCUAUCUGCUGUGUGCUGCAGUGAGACUAAACACCCCAUCCCUAAACUAAAUCCUGGCAUAACUCCAGCAGUGACCAAUCCAACUGGAUUAUGGCCUCAUGUAAGGUCCAGUGAGCUGGCUCGCUGCCUUGGGAAGGCGCAUGCUGCUGUCCUCAGCGCAGACAAGACACAACUCCACUUACAUCACAGGGAGAGGAGUCAAAACAUAGAGGGAGAAGAGUUUCUGGCCUUUCCCAAUGACCGCGCCACAAGCAUUAGGCCGUCAUCCCCACACAGACAGUACAGGACUAUCUUUACUGGUGUACAUCGGUAUCACUAUGUGGACACCAGCUAUGCUUUAACUAAGGAGGAGGAUGAGCAGAGGCAGAGACAUCGGCAGGUUUACACUGACUUCAUCAAGCAGCUCAGACAAACACGCCUGCAGAGGAUCAAAGAGAGACAGCAAGAAAAUGUGGAGGAAGUGGAUAUUGGGAUUGUCCCUUCUCAAGGGCUUGUCCCCCCCAAGCUCCGCAUUGCUGACCUGGAGACCGGUAAGAUCUCAGAGAGCAGGCCAAACUACUGCAACACUUCGCCAGCAGCUAAAUUCAGCCAUCCCCAAGAAAUAACAUCAGUCACAUGGCAGGUGAGUGCCAAGGUCUCAGAGGUAACGAAAGCAGUUCCCUCUACCAACCAGGAGGUGGCAGACUGCAACAGGACUCUGACAGCUCAGGAGCUCAACGAAAUUGUCAUAGGCCCAUUGUUAGUGGACUUUGGCGAGGUGUGUAUGCAGUCAGUAUGUCUUCAGAAGCUGGAGCUGAUUAAUCGACUGUCAGUGUUCAUCUGGGUGCAGCUGGAAGUGGACUGCCCUGAGCUGCAGGGCUCUUCACCCCUCUCCCACGUCCUGCCCCCCUGCUCCCACCACACACUGCCCCUGACGUUUCAAGCCAACAACCUGGGUGACUUCUACAGACCUGUGUCCUACUCUGUGAACAAGCAGCACCAUGGUCAGAUAGUGGUCCAGGCUCAGGUUGUCCCUGUUGCUCUGGAACUGUCCACCACCCUGCUGAUGGUCCACCCCAGCUCCACCCUGCUUGCUGCAUCAGGAUACAGGAGCUCAGUUACUCUUCGAAACCAGCGUAACCACACGGCUGAAUUCACAUGGCAACCAGUAGUCACAGAGAGUGGCGUCUUGUUCUCUAUCCGGCCAGCUAAAGGUGCAGUGGAGCCAUACAAGGAGUUGGACUGUGAAGUGGUGUGGCACCCCUCAUUCUCCUCCCCUACAGAAGGAGACUUUGACCUCUGUGUCCUCGAGGGCAACACACAACGUCUUCACUGUAUUGCAAAGGUCGGAUCCACCAGUCUGCAGCUGGCAGAGAAGCAGGUGAUAUUUGGAUCAGUGCCUCUCAACAUGCCUUCUAUCAGGACUGCAGUCUUACACAACACUGGACAGAACCAUGCCUACUAUCAGGUAGUAGAUGUCUGUCCUCUGCCAGGAAUGGUGGUGAGUCCAUCUGAGGGUGUGGUUCCAAGUGGGGGACAGGGUGUGGUCAAUAUCCACUUCAAGCCUGACUCCGUCAGCAAAUUUGACACCAGAGUCAAGAUAGCUCUAAAGAACAUGAAGUCCAUUGAGCUCAGAGUAGGUGGAUCAGUAGAGCUUCCAAAUGUAGACAUCAGUGUGUCCCAUUUCCAGUUCUAUGAGGUCCAUGCCGGUUCUCGGAGAGUUAUACCCUUCUCUCUGAGAAACUGCUCGUCAGCCACAGCCCGGGUCACCUUUGAUCUGUCAGAAUAUACUGACUUCUCUCUCCAGCUCCCUCAGCCCUCAGCAAAGAAGGAGCCAGGUGUGAGUGUUAUGGAUAUCCAGGGCAACCAGACAGUGGAUUGCUCCCUUGUCUUCUUACCCACCCAGGUGGCCAGCUAUGACUUUGACCUGCCACUGAUGAUCAACGGCAUUAGAUGGCCCAUUGCUGAUCCAUCUCCUUUUCCGACUCCAUCCUCUUCUUCCACCUCCUCCUCACUGUCAGCAGGCAGCAGGAAGUGCUCUGUCAAAUCAUUCUGUCCCUAUUCUGUCACCAUGGCAACACAACAGUCACAACGCAUACAGGCCACAGUGCUGUGUGCCCCACUGGAAAUGUCCCCCUCCAGCCUACAGUUCCAUGUGGAACCUUUCCCACAGUCUGACACUCAGGUAUCAACAAAGACAGUUGAGCUGAAAGCUGUGUGUGAAGAGAGUGUGUGCUGGCGCGGUGUCCUUGGGCAGCGUGUGCACUGGUGGUUUGACCCCAGUGCUACGACAAUAACAGUAAGCGACAGACGAGAGAUGGAGCUUUGUGUGGUGUCUCCAUCAUCAGGCAGUCUGGGGCCCGGCCAGUCCAUCUGCUUGGCUGUCAGCAUCAGGCCCGAGGCUGUCGCAACAGUGGGCUGUGUGACAAGACUGUCCCUCCCUCUUUACCUGGGAGAAGAGGGAGAGGAGGGACAUCAGCCCUACCGAGAGCUGUCAAUCACCAUCACUCACCAGCUCCCCAGUAUCACUAUUCACCCACCUCAAAUCCUCCUUACUCCAGCGCCCCUGACAAGCAACGCAACGGCUUCACUCACCCUCCUGGUCCUAGGAUAUCCCAGUGGAACCGAAAUAUCAGCUGAAGUGGAUGAGGUGGAACUGGAGGAUGGGGCAAAGAUACAGCCAAUCUCUGUCAUCUUUCCAGAGGGUAACACUAUCCCUGCUCACGAACAGGUACGGUCACAUCCAGCAGAUAUCCAGAACCAGGGAGCCAGUGUCACCUCUCUGAUCUGCACUGUGUCCUUCUGCUCUGCCAUCCCCCUGUCCCUCUGCACAACCAUCACCUUUACCGACCACCUAAACAACAGGUUUAAGGUUAAGCUGUGUGCUGUUGCUGACAACUGUCUGUUGACUGUCUGGCCCUACUUGGCCCUUCACCGCUCUGAACAACAGAUUGUUUUCAAGACUGGGGCCACAGCUGUUGAGGCAAUCCUUCAGCGCUAUCACACACCGAGUUCUACCUCUGGCCAGACUUCAUCAUCCUCCUCGUUGUUUGAUUGCAACAGUUCAACAAACAAGAGCUCAGUCUCAGACUCCUUUCCAGACAGUGAGAGUGUGAGCGAUCAGGCCAGUAGGAAUGAAGACGCCUCUCCUAACAGAGACAACCCAACCAAUCUUGGUGUCCCAGAGUUCCCUGCUGUCGACUCAGAGGAGGGACUGUAUUAUCAUGGUGUCUUAUUGGCUGUGGAGAGGUGGUUUAGCCUCUUUGGCUGGCCGAGUGGACCGCACCCUGUCUAUAUACCAUACGCACUCAGAAGAGUUGUCUCAAAAGUUCAAACAAUUCAUCACAGUGGACGGACUUAUCGUGUCAGUCAAAAUAAAGACUCCAGGUCUGUAGUGGACAUGCUUCACCACCUGACCGGCAAACAAAUUCCUGGAAUUCCUCGCUGUCAGACCUUUUCCAGUGAUAUAGACCAACGCACUAAUCAGCUACUGCAACAACAUGAAGCUAUGCUUGCUUUUCUCAGAGUGCAGGGAGCCUGUUUGUGUCACAUCAGACCAGAGUACUUGCUAGACAUGCAGGAGUUCAACCACUGGUGCUCCAUUCAGGCUAAUGAGGAUGAGUAUGGUCUGGACUACAACAGUGUAGACUAUGAAUCUCUGAGCAAACGAUCAUGGACUGAUGUGCUGCUACAAAUAUACAAGGUGUUGGUGUUGUGUCGGGUAUCAGAGAGAAAUCUAAACACAACUCUGAGCCAGGAAGAUGGAAUCCUCCCAGUUGGAUCCCGGCUACUGGCCAGUAACAUCUACUCUCCCCAAGAACUAAAGUUGCUCUCAUGGCUCAACAUGCACUACCAGAGCAUGAAGAAGACUGUGUGGGGUGGUGUUCCAUCAGCACACUGGAUAGUGAAUUUUGACCUGGACUUGACAGAUGGACUGGUGCUUGCUGCUCUGCUUGCUGCUUACUGCCCUUAUCUGAUCUGCAGCCACUUCCGGAGGAUGUACACUACAGCUACAUGCCUGGAGCAGAUCCUCCACAACAACAUCAUAGUGGUCCAGGCCUUAAACACACUGUCUCUCAACAUGGAUGUUCAGCCGACAGACUUGUCAGAUCCCAACCCUGUGCAGAUGUUAAUGCUGUGUGUUCACCUGUAUGAGAGGCUGCCUCAAUAUCUGCCACUACACACUAUCACUCUAUCAGGAGGCCUUCACAGCACUUUCAGCAAGCAGGUGCGUUUAAAAAGCCCAUCCUCUAAGCCUGUCAAAUACCAGGCCUUCCUUUUAGGAGAGGAUGCCCAUCUCUUCUCACUCCCUGAUGGUUCCACUGUCACCAUUCCUCCAAAGGCGAGCACUCAACUUACUGUCCAGUACAGAUGCUCUUUCCUUCAGCCCAUGGAGGCUGUCCUUCUGCUCAUCUCCAGCUCUGCUUGUCUGCGUGCCACCACUCUCACCUUCAGCCUGAAGACCCACGUCAGUCACAUCACACCCACAAAUACUGUCAAAUGCGAGUCUCCAUGCUAUACAUUGAAAGUCACCCAAGUGCCAAUAACUAACCCUUUCAAUAAAGAAGCCAAGUUCAGGGUGGUGCUGAUGGAGACUAUGUUCAACCCACUGGAGCCUGAAAAGAAAAAAGACAGCCUCCUUCAACAGGCCUCUUCUAAAGCCAAUAUAGAAAAUAUGACACCAGACAAGAGCUGUGGGGAGGAGAUGGAAGGGAAGUGCUCAAAUCCCAAUGGUGAAGGCAGUGACUUCCUGUGUGAAGUGAGGAGUGUUUGUCUGAAGUCAGGCCAAGCAGACACACUGACCAUUAACUACCUGCCCUUCUGCCUAGGCAGCAAGUACUGCUCCAUCCUGCUAGUUUGCCCACAGGUGGGCGAUAUGGUCUAUUUGGUGAAGGCCACAGCAGAAUUACCUCCUCCUUCCCCUCUCACUGCCAGGCCCAGUUCAAACAUAGUUCCCAACCUCAGCAACCCUGACCCCAAUAGUUGUGUAUCAGUACUGCGACUACACUGCAAGGUUGGACAGGUGUGUGAGGAGUUGAUGCGUGUGCCCCUGAUCAAUAUGGUCUGGGAGCAAGCUCUGGCCAUCUGUGGUCAGCACAUCAUUGGUAUUGAUGAAUACAGGAGACGGAUUCUGACCCACACUUUUCAUAGCAGCACUCUGAGGGCAACUGCAGCAGCGCUCAAACUCUCCAAACAACAGGCACAGCUGAGAAGUGGUGACCACAGUAAACAGGUGGAGUACAGCGUGGAGGUUUCUUUGCCACAGUACUUCACUUUACCCAAUACUGUUACAAUACCUAUAGAAGAAGACACCAAGAUACCAGGGGAGAAUCUUGCAGCUUGUGGCUGUGUGGACAUCCCUUUACGGUUCCAGGCAGACUCAGUGGGGCAUUUCACUUGUCAGGUUGUCCUGACAUCCUGGUAUGAUAUCAGGGUAUACCUGCUAGAGGCAUUGGUUACUUCACAGGGAGGAUCUGUCCACUUGGACUUCAUUUCACCAGCUCACCGUUCAGUUACGCAAGACAUUCCACUGCACAAUGAGACCCAAAAAGACUGGAAAAUGCAGGCUGCGGUGUAUGGUGAAGGAUUCCACGGCCCAAAGGUUUUGACUGUACCAGCAGGGACAAAAGCUUGCUACCCCCUCACCUUUCAUCCUUCUGCACAAUGCAUUGUCACGGGCAAGCUGUCCUUACAUAAUGACUGCGACGGUACUCGGCACGUGUUUACCCUCAGAGGAGUGGGAGAGCACCCCCUGCCUGUGGACCAUGUGGUAUUACACUGCCCUGUAGGAAAGUCAACACACACACAGCUGGAUGUCCCCAACUACACCCAGAACACACUCUCUCUCAAGGUGGUGACAGACUUAUCUGUUGUGAGUGGCACCCCCUCCCUGGAGAUUAAGCCAGGUCACAACGCUCCGUACACCCUGGCUGUGUCACCAUGGAGACGAGGAAAGCAGACAGGCUGCCUGUCAUUUGUUGAAAUUGAUGACAAGAAAGAAGCAGAUAAGGACAAAGGAAAUUCACUUGGACGCUACGAGGUGUACUUCUCUCUUGAGAUAAUUUGUGAGCAGGCAGCAGCCGUCAAAGUCAUAGAUGUUCAGUGUGCUGCUCAGAGCUCCGUUGCCAUAGAGAUCCCUGUCAAUAACCCACAAGGAGAGGCAUUGAUGCUGGGUGUGUACCUGGAAGGCAACGGCGUGACUGGGGCCAACUGGGUUUCAAUUCCCCCAGGGGAGACUCUCACCUACAAAGCCAUGUUCUCUCCUGCUAGAGUAGGAAAGGGAACAGGCAGCGUGGUGUUCCACUCAGAGCUGGUGGGGGAGUUCUGGUAUCAACUGGAGCUUUAUGCUCUUCCUCCUCCAGUCAUCACACUGCCACAGGCCUGCUGUCAGCUGGGCAAAUGGACCAGACUGACUAUUCCCUUGGUUAACCCGACAGCUGAGACUCUGGAGCUUAUCGUGGCUAACAGUAACCACAGAAACUACACACUGGAAAUGGAUACAGGAAGUACUCUUACUGUGGAGCCCCACUCUUCCACCCAGCUUGGCAUUCGCUUUAGUCCUUCAUCCACCGGAAAGGGGAACCACACGGCAAAAAUUACUUUCACAUGCCCUCAGUUGCAGGAAUGGUGUGUGUUGUUGAGUGGGUGUGGUCUUAAUCCAGAGAGCGAGGAGCCAGUGAGCAUCUCAUCCACAAUUGGUUCCAAUGCCUCCAUCACCAUUCCCUUCACAAACCUUACUGAGCUCCCAGCCAUGCUCAGCAUCACACUCACAGAUGAGGAGCCAAGUGGGGCCCCUGAUUGCCGUCCAGUCACUCCAGACAAGGAGGUCUUCUCUAUCCCUCUCAGCCAUACUACAGGUAUACAGAUCAGUGAAGGGGCCAGUUUUGAUGUGCCCGUGGUGUUCACACCCAAUUCUAUGGAGCUACAACAGGCCUGGCUCUGCAUUGCACUGAAGCCCCUCAGCAGCCUGGGCAAUAACAAUCCCCUCAUUAUGGACAAAAUGAGGUCAGAGCAGGAACUGUCAACCAUCUGUUGGAUUUACCCCCUCCGUGGGAUUCCCAUGGAGGUGCCUGUUAAAAACUCACCACUUGGCGUGGUCCAGUGUGAAGCAGGCUGCCAGCUGGAAAAGAAGGUCGAUGUACUGCUCACUGGAUGUGUGCCAGGGAAUCAAGGCUGGGAAGGACAGGAAGUUUUCCAGGUGACAGUGGAAGACUUCCUGUGUGAGGUGCAUUCAGACAACCAAGCAGAGGACUAUCUUUCUGCCUCCAUCGAGACGGGGAGGAGAAACCCUGAGACUGGCAUCAUAACACUCACCGUUAAUCUCAUCUACACUCCCCUCAGGCCAUGCAGGUGUUCAACAGUCCUAGUGGUUCAGCAUGUGUCUGGUCAGAUCUGGGAAUUUCCCAUCACUCUCAUUGGCAUGGAGCCUCAGGUUGAUGACAUCAUUAUCGUUGAAGCCACUGAACUGGGCAAAACUUCAGCUGUUGGCUUCCGUCUGAGCAGCACCACAAGGAAACCAGAGCUGUUCACAGCGGCCUUGCUUCCAGGCAGCAGCUGUGAGUUCACAGUGACUCCAGCCUCUGGGAUGUUACCUCCUGCUGGUUCCAGUGGAGCCCUCAUCACUGUGUCCUUCACACCCAACAUUAACAGCAAGAGACACAGAGCAAGACUAACUGUUCAGGCAGCAGACAUGCAGUGGGUGUACGACGUGAGAGGGAAAACUCCUCAUGACUUGCCACCCUGUACUGCAUCCCCCAAUGGCGGCUCCUCUGUGCUCCGUCCAGCCAGUGAACGCCAGCGCAGCUUUGUGACCCGGAACCUUCUUCUUCCUGCUGUGGCUAAUUCAUCCCCUCUCAAAGUCCACAGAUAA